CGAUGGCCGGCGCCAAUUAGGGCCCUCGGAGCGAACAGAUGGCGUCCCACUACCGCGACGCGGCAAAAUGCCUCAAAGCGGUCGACGGCGGCCGCACCACGCUGAAGACGGCAGCCUACAAGACGCAGAACCCGCCGAGGACCGUGGCGCUCGUCUCCGAGGUGCGCCGGCAUCGCAAGGCGUUGGAAACGGCCAUCGCGGCGACGGGCCUGCGGGAGAAGGCCGGCGGCGACGCGCAGCUGCUGCUCGUGGCGGUCUACGACGCCGUCGCCGGCCGCGGCGCGCCGAAGCGCUGCGGCGGCAAGCUGCUGCGCGCGAUCCGGGAGGUGUUGUGCGGCGCGCAAAUCAACCAAUCGUCGCGGCGAUGGCGUGCUGGUGGCGGAUUCGAGAGGUGGUGAGAGUCAGCGCGGUGAUACGAGACGCGCGCAGGCGCUGCCCGCGCUCAAGAGCACCUUCGAGGCCGCGCGCACGGAGUCGCCUUCAAGAACCGAAAACAAACCGCGCUACCUGCGCUGCAACCUGUUGACGACGACACGAAAAGAAGUGAGGGAGAAGCUCGCGGCCGAGGGCGUCGCCGCGGAGGACGACGUGCAUGUCGACGACCUCCUCGUCACGACCGCCAAGGUCCACGGCGGCCACGCCCUGGUCAAGGCCGGCGAGGUCAUCCUGCAGGACAAGUCGAGCUGCUUCCCCGCGCACGCGCUCUUAGACGGCCUGCCGCCGGACUGGCGUGGCGAUGUUGUGGAUGCGUGCGCCGCGCCGGGCAACAAGUCGACGCACGCCGCGGCAUUACUACGGGGCCGCGGCAAGGUGUUGGCCGUCGACCGCGACGCGGCGCGGCUGAAGAUCCUCGAGGAGCGCGUGCGCGAGGCGAAGGCCGAUAAUGUGGUCCAAGCGGUCCGGGGCGACUUUUUAAAGUUGCGCCACGGCGGCGCGCGGGCGAUCCUCGUGGACCCGUCGUGCUCGGGCGGGUUCGAGGGCGAGGCGGCGUCGGACGAGCGCGUGGCGCGGCUCGCCGAGUUCCAGAGCAAAGCAUUACGAGCUGCGCUGAUGCGGUUCCCGCGCGCCGAGCGCGUGUCCUACUCGACGUGCUCGCUGCGCGCCGAAGAGGACGAGGCCGUCGUGGCCGGCGCGCUCGCGGACGCGGACAUAAGGAAGGGCGGCUGGCGCCUCGCGCCGGCGCUGCCGGCGUGGCCGCGGCGCGGCCGGCCCCACGCGGGCCUGGAUCGGGCGCAGAGCGACUGCCUCGCGCGCGCCGAUCCAUCAAAGGACGCGACGGGCGCGUUCUUCGUCGCGCUCUUCGAGCGGUCCGCCGGUGCGGCGCGGAAGCGGCGGCGGCGGGGGUAA